CCCCCUCCCCCUCACAACCCCAAAUCACCCGGUCCCCGGCUCACAGAUCACCCGUGGGGUAACGGGCCUUGGGCCGCGUAUCCCGGGGGAUAUGAGACCCAGGCCUGGGGAGAGGCCGCGUAUCCCGGGGGAUGUGAGACCCAGGCCUGGGGAGGGGGCGCGUAUCCCGGGGGAUGUGAGACCCAGGCCUGGGGAGAGGGCGCGUAUCCCGGGGGAUGUGAGACCCAGGCCUGGGGAGAGGGCGCGUAUCCCGGGGGAUGUGAGACCCAGGCUUGGGGAGGGGGCGCGUAUCCCGGGGGAUGUGAGACCCAGGCCUGGGGAGGGGGCGCGUAUCCCGGGGGAUGUGAGACCCAGGCCUGGGGAGAGGGCGCGUAUCCCGGGGGAUGUGAGACCCAGGCCAGGGGAGGGGGUGCGUAUCCCGGGGGAUGUGAGACCCAGGCCUGGGGGGUUGACUUUGAGGGCGGCGGAAGCUGUUGCUGAGUUGGGCUGUGGCUCCAGCUGUUUGAUGUUCUAGUCGGGAGCACCUUACAGAAAGGAGAGGAGAAUUUAUAAUGCGGAUAAAAGAAUGGCAGAGGAUUUAAGUAAAUGCUUUGUACUUGUCUCCAUGGAAGCAGACGCGACACUGGCGAACUACGGGGAAAUAAGAGAAGUUAAUGUUAGUAAAGGAAUAAUCCUCGGGAAGUUCUCGGUUCGGGGAUGCUUCCAGCCCAGCUUUGUGAGCUUUAAGCAGGAGCACUCUGGUUGGUUGCUGGUGAUGUGGGGGUGACUGGGGGUUUAAUGGCUCAUAGUGAGAGUGUAGAGGACGCGGUGCCGCCCACACUCUGGGGCCUGGACCCAGUGCACACAGUGUUUGCCAAACUCUAUAUCCGGGACAUCCUUGAACUCAAGAACUCUCGGCUUAUUCCAGGAGUAUUUUUCUAUAAAACCCAUCCCAUCAGCAAAGUGGACAUCCUGGGGACGGUGGUCCUGAAGCAAGAGAAGGAGAAGUUUUACACGUUCGGAGUGGAUGAUGGUACUGGAGUCAUUAGUUGUUUGUGCUGGAAGAAGCAAAGACCCGUGGAAGUCACCAAACCAGCUUUGUUCCCCAGAGGUCUGAAUCUCUUGGAGCAGCUGAGCUGGAUCGCCAGACUGGAACAGGACAAUUCCCGUGUGGAGCUGGGUGACGUUGUCCGGGUCCGGGGCCGGAUCAGGGAUUACAGAGAGCAGAGGGAAAUCAACAGCAUCAGCGUGGCCAAGGUGGCCGAUCCAAUCUUCACCGCACAAAUCUCCCGGAUGCUGGAGCUCCCUCACCUCUACCGAAGCUUCUAUGACAAAGCGUUUCAGAUCCCAAAGGACGGCACUGAAGCAAACGAACAUGGAGCGAACAUUCUAUUCCUGCGGAGCAAGAUCAAACAAUUUCUGGCUCAGAACCAGGUGAAGAACUUCUACCGGCGGGAGCUGGAGACCAUCGACUCGUUGUCCUGUGUUGCUCAGCGUUGCCAGGAGGCUCUGUGUGGACGGGACUCAGGCCAGAGCUCGGCUGAGAGCUCAUCCCAGGGUAAAGAGGAGCCCGUGGGUUCGCAGUGUGUAUCAAGACAGAUUCAUGCGGCUUUUCAAGAGGCCAUCUCUGCUCUGCAGGAGGAGGGAGUCAUUUUCCAGAAGGUGGCUGGCCCCAACGAGUUGUACCUGGUCACUGACCAGGAGAAGCAGCUACAUGAUGUGACUCUGAGCAUCAUUCGCGAAGACUCCACAAGACCGAAAUACAUUGAAAAGGGCUGCCCUUUCCUUCACAUUCUGAGCUGUGUGCAGAACAGCUACGGUGCAGGCAUUACUGAGGCAACAGUGCAGAGGGUGCUGGACAAACUGGAGUGUUCCAGCGAGAUUGUCAGUACAAUGGACAGAUACUACACCGCCUCCUGUCUGUGAGACGUGUCACUUGGGCACUGAGUGCUGCACUACUGGACACUGGUGAACUGACCCAGGGAGCGUGAGGUGGGAGCCAUGACCCUCUGGUCUAUAAAGGGGUUUGUGAGAGUACACUUUUCUUCAAGGAGUAACAUCAAAAUGAACAGCAGAAUGACGACUUUAAUCGUUGUGAGUUCACAGAACAUUGAGUGCAGAUUUGACUAUGAAUUUAUUCACCAUUAUUAAAUAAUUGUGUGACCUG